GUGAGAUCAGACACACCUAAAUUAUUUAUUUUUCAUAGAUAAGUAAAGAAAAAUGAAUUCGGAAGCAAGUGUAGUGCGUGUAGUUCACUUGGAUGACCUUACUACCGAAUAUUCUUUGAAGGAGUUUCUGUUAUCAUCGUCAUUAGUGUUGGGUGCCAUUAAUAAUGUUUUUAUCAAUAUAGACAAUGAGCUACAAAUAGUUUUUGCAUAUGUUAUAUUUGAAAAUCACCAUGAUGCAAAAGCCGUUGUGAACAGACUAAAUGGUUUUUGUUUUCAAAAUAAAGUUUUGGAGAUUGAAUUAAUAGGUCCGAAUUUACCUUACAAAAGAUAUACAAAGCAGACUAGCAAAUCAAAUGCUAUUUCCACCAAAUCAAAUGAUGUUUCCACCAACAGCUUAGAUAUAAGACAUAAAACCCUAAAUAUAACCUCUCCAACGAAAACUCUAAAUAGUCAGUCUAAUGAUUUAGACAUUGAUUCACCCAUCUAUGUUUCUCCUAUUAACACGUGGCACCCUGGAGAUUAUAGACAUAGUUUUAAACCUGCAACUACAAUAAAAACUACUACACAAACAGCAACGAAUCCAUUGAAUUCUGCUAGAUUUAUCAAUAAAAAUAAUAACGAAACAUCUGCAGCCAUAAGUAAUCCUUUAAAAGCUAAGAAUGAUACGCGACAAGCUGGGACAUACACAUCAAGAGUAUCUGGUUUAAGUUCAUCUACUUCACACUUAAGAUUCAAUAGAGUAUCUAGUAACGCAACAAAUAAUAAAAUACAAGCAUUUUUUUCUAAUAGAGCAGCCGCAAAACCUAGAAAUACUGUAUUAACACAAGACAAGAUGCCAAAGUCAGCUUCUUUAUCAUCUAUAUCAUCAACAAUGAGUCAUCCAGAUGCUUUUAAUAGGACUCAAACAGAACCGACUUCAUCAUUAUAUUCAGCAGUGUAUCAAUCUAACUAUUCUACACCAAGAACUUCCUACUCAUCAUUGUCUUCGGUAAGAUAUCAGUCAAAUGUUUCUACUGAAAUAAAAAGUUUAAGUUCAUCUGCUUCACACUUAAGACUCAAUAGAGUAUCUAGUAAUGCAACAAAUAAUAAAAUACAAGCAUUGUUUUUCUAAAAGAGCAACCGCAAAACCUAUAAAUAUUGUAUUCAUAGAUUAAAUAUAUAUAAGUAGAGAUUGUAUUAACACAAGACAAGAUGUCAAAGGCAGCUACCGUCGGAAGGGGUAAAACCGACCAAAAUUUUAGGUUUUUUUCAUGUUUUAUGAUUAUUUUUGAAUUGAGAAAGCUGCAAAUUAUAUAUGUUAAAGUAUCAUAUCUGAAGUGCCAAUUAGUGGUUUUUCUUUUGAAAUCAUCCUAUAGUUAGGUUAGGUUAGUUUUUCUCAUUAUAUUUUCAAAAGUGAUCGGUUUUAUCCCAUGGUUUAGGUAAAACCGAUCGGGUGUUGAAUUGCGUUUAUGUUGCUUUUAAGCAAGCUUUGGGGUAAAACCGAUCACACAAAAAAAAUUUUAAACUAUUUUUUAUGCAAUAAAUUGUAA